UGCUUUUGCUAGUGUCUUACAGGCCGCUAGCUUGGCUGCUCUUUGCUCACAAAAAAGAAGAGCACGAGAACUGCGCUAAAGUGACGACUGACGACGCAUCGCUGCCAAGGUGAUCGCGAACGACUGCGCGCGCAGCUCGCGCAAAAACAGAGCAAUGGCAAAGCCCAAAGUGCUGGUUUUCCUCGGCACGAGCCGCCAGGGAUCGGCAGUCGUCGACGCGCUCCUCGCAAGUGGCAAGUUCGAGGUCUUCGCCACGACGCGCAGCACGAAGAGCGCCGAGGCCCUCAAGGCCCGCGGUGUUAAGUGCGGCCCGUUCACGUGCGGCGACGCCGCGUCCGCCAAAGCUGCCCUGGACGCCGCCGAGCCUUCACUCGUCUUCUUCACGACGCUGAUGGGCUCGCGCGAAGUAGAAGGCUCGUCGGGCAAAAUAAUUGUGGAUGCGAUCAAGGCCUAUGGGGGAGUGCAGCACGUCGUCUACUCGUCGGUGGCGAACGCGGAUGUGGCUCCGGACGCCGUGGGGCACUUCAAGAGCAAGCUCGACGUUGAAGACCAUCUGAAGGCCUCGGGACUGGGCUACUCGAUUCUCCGCCCCGUGGCCUUCUUCGAGAACUAUGAUGAUCCGGCCAAUUUCAACGCCCUAAAAAAGGGCUCCGUGAAGGGCCUCUGGCAGGCCGACCUGAAGGUCAAGCACGUCGCGUGCCGCGAUAUCGGUAAAGCCGCUGCCGUAAUGCUGGCGAACCCGGCGAAGUGGAGGGGCAAAACGCUCGACUGCGCGAGCGACGAUUUAACGGGUGAAGACGUCGCCGCGGCGCUUACCGAAGUCUCUGGCGUCGAGUGCACGUACGGGGUCGCCGUGCCGAGAUUUAUCAUGAGGUGCGUGAUGAAGGAUCUCAAUGCCAUGAUCGAGUUCUUCGAGACGACGGGCUACGACUCGGACAUCGCUGCCUUCAAGGCCGUCGUCCCCGACGCGUUGGACUGCAAGGCGUGGUUCGAAGCCAGGGGCGUGAAGUCCUGGUCCGAGGAGGCGUCGUCGUCCUGGUUCGGUCUCUUUUAGCUGUCUUUUUCUACUGGCUUUUCUGGCUGCGCCCCGCUCGCGCCUCGACGGCGUCGCAGCGCUGCGUGAAAAUUCAGAGACUAAGUAUGUGUUCGCCGCUUA